UAUGUAGUAAUGUGUCUAUAUAUAAAUGUAUCUAUGCCUACGACUCAUCUUAAUCAAACCACCUUCUAAGCACUAGAUUGCAUAUUAUUACCGAGACAAUAAAACUGACGAAUGACACUAUAAUCGGCAUUCUUUGUUCUUUCACUUUCAGUCAAACUGUCACCAACCAAAGAUGCACACAAGAUAUAUCCCGAAAUACUACACAAUGAUUAAUUCUCGUCAAAUUUGCGUCUUAUUUUUCAUACUUAUUCCUUCAUUGUCUAACUUUACCAUCUGUGACGAAGUGCUAACAGACUCUCCACGUGUGGAAAUAAGUUCUGGAAAACUGGUUGGCACGUUCGAGUUUACCAGAGAAAACAGAAAAUUUAAACAAUUCCUUGGCAUUCCGUACGGCCACGUGGAAAAAAGAUUCGAUAUUUCAGUGCCUGCCAAAUCUUGGAACGGAACAAGGUUUGCGACAAAUUCGGGACCCGGCUGUGCCCGAUAUGCUUUAAGCAAUCGACAAUUUUACGGAGUAGAGGAUUGCUUAACACUGGAUGUGUCUUCAAUUCAUGCUCGCUGACUACAAUGAAACAAAUAUCUUUCUUCCCGUCAUGGUUUGGUUUCACGGGGGUGGCUUCGUGGACGGGACUGGAGGUUCGUACGGGGCAAAAUAUUUCAUGGACCAGAGCGUUGUCCUCGUCACCGUAAAUUAUCGAUUGGGGGCGUUAGGAUUUUUGAACGUCAAAUCUGCUCGUGGCAAUCAAGGCUUGAAAGACAUGAUUCUUGCGUUGAAAUGGGUGAAACAAAAUAUUUACGUUUUCUCUGGUGAUAAAAAUAGGGUCACCAUAUUUGGAGAAAGUUCUGGAGGUGUGGCCGUAUCGUUGUUGAUGUUGUCCCAAAAUGCGAGAGGGUUGUUCCAUCGUGCCAUCAUUCAAAGCGGGACGGCAACAUGUCCAUACGUCUUUCGGGCCGGGACAGGAAUCAAAUACGCUAAAAGGCUGGGUCAAAGACUUCAGUGCCCAAAAAGCACUAACGAGGAUUUAGUCGCAUGUUUGCAACUCGUAGAUGUAGAGAAACUGGAAAAAUCGACCGACUUUGUUGGCCCAUUUGGAUUCAAUCCUGACACCGUAAUCCAUAUGGGCCCAACGUUAGAGACGUAUCGUCCAAAUGAUGGACUCACUUUUAUCACAAAAGAUCCUUGGAGUAUUUUACAAAGUGGACACUUCAUCAAAAUUCCAGUCAUAAUUGGAAUGACAUCCCAUGAAACCAAGGGAAUGGUGGAGGCCUUGCUUCUAACACCUGCCAGAAUUCAGCGCCUCAAUUCGAACUUGUCUUUACGACUCUCAACAUCAUUGCUAUACUAUGAAACGGCCGAGGAUCCAUCCCUCAUUACAAAAUUGUUGCAACAAUAUUAUUUUAAUCGUUCUGAACAACUGGAUGCCCACAACGUUGACGAUUUAGAACGGUUAUUCUCGGAAAGAUCAAUUGUUCACUGUACGCGAAAGUAUGCUGCAGCCUAUGCAAAUUAUAGCACCGUGUAUGCCUACAAUUACACGAAGAAAGAGCUGGUCGCAGAUGUGGACAAGUUGGAACUGAGUUCUUCAGAUCCCCCUACACGAUUUCCCGAACAUUCUGAAGAACUCCAGUACCUCUUUUACCCCAAACCACCACUGGACACUUUCAUGCCGAAAAUUACUGAAGAUAGCAACGGAUUUUAUUUUUCCCGUUAUUUUGUCUCCCUCUGGACAACUUUCGCUAGAGAUGGAGCACCGAGUAACUUGUGGGGUAGAAAUCCUGUUGAAUGGACCCCAUUGAAAGCUGGACAGCGUCAGGAAUACUUGCAACUUGACGAGUAUCCAAGAAUGACUGUGACUGAUGAACGGUUCGAGAACAGUUGGAAGUUUUGGGACGAUCUUCCUCUCAAAGAGUAUGGGAAAAUCUGAUGGCAAUGGUAAUUAUUGGUAAUCCUAAAUACGACCCACCUCGAAAGUACAUUCAUAACUGCGCUAAUGAUGGCUUGGCAUGUAAUAUUAUAUAAAGAACUAAAUUUGUGAAAGUGAUGAUCGACAAAUUUGAUUAUAUGACAAACUGAUUAGAAACUUGUUAAAAUAUUUACAUUAUAAAUAAGUAUACCUUAAAUUGUACGCGUUCUAAUUUAGUUGUUAAGUAUGUGGAAUGUGACACGUGUGAACCAUUUUUAAAUUUAAUUAAAGUAUAGCGUUUA